CCCCGUGCUUCCUGAAUCGCCGGAAGCGGCAGGUUGCCAUGGCGACUGUGUACACAGCCUGGCAGAGGCUCAAGCCGGGAUUCCUUCGCUGCUCCUGCUGCGGUCGUGCUGUGGGAGGGCUCCUACCGCCGAAGAGUAGUGACCGAAGAUGGACCCACAUAUGGAAAUUCAGCCAUCCUCUGACUUCCAGCCAUGACCAUCACCACCAAUCACCAUUUCUUAAGCACCUGCUCUGUGCUGAGCACUGUUCUGAACUUUGAGGGGGGAUUCAAAAGAGAUAGAAGGCACAGUCCUGUCCCUCAAGCAGCUUGUAAUUUAAUCUGGGAGCUGAAACCCACUCAAAUGAUGCGGCGUAAGAACGGUAACAAGCAUUAUUUCAGUUGUUGGUGGAAAAUAGUGAGGCACCCUAUAAAGAAGCUAGAAUGGGUACUAGGAAAAAAGUUCAUGCAUAUGUCCGUGUUAAACCCACCGAUGACUUUGCUCAUGAAAUGAUCCAAUAUGGAGAUGACAACAAAACCAUUGAUAUUCACUUAAAAAAAGAUACUCGGAGAGGAGUUGUCAAUAACCAGCAGACAGACUGGUCAUUCAAGCUGGAUGGAGUUCUCCAUGAUGCUUCCCAGGACUUGGUUUAUGAAACAGUCGCGAAGGAUGUGGUUUCUCAGGCCUUUGAUGGCUAUAAUGGCACCAUCAUGUGUUAUGGGCAGACGGGAGCUGGCAAGACAUACACCAUGACGGGGGCAACUGAGAAUUACAAGCACCGGGGGAUCCUCCCUCGUGCUCUACAGCAGAUUUUUAAGAUGAUCGAAGAACGACCCACACAUGCCAUCACUGUGCGUGUUUCCUACCUGGAAAUCUAUAAUGAGAGCCUGUUUGAUCUCCUGUCCACUCUGCCCUAUGUUGGACCCUCAGUCACACCAAUGACCAUUGUGGAAAAUACUCAAGGGGUCUUCAUUAAGGGCCUGUCUGUCCAUCUCACAAGUCAGGAGGAGGAUGCAUUCAGCCUCCUUUUUGAGGGAGAGACCAACAGGAUUAUAGCCUCCCACACAAUGAACAAGAACUCAUCCAGGUCACACUGCAUUUUCACCAUCUACAUGGAGGCCCACUCUCGGACCUUAUCAGAUGAAAAGUACAUCACUUCCAAAAUUAACUUGGUGGAUCUAGCAGGCUCGGAGAGACUGGGGAAGUCCGGGUCUGAGGGCCAAGUCCUGAAGGAAGCCACCUACAUCAACAAGUCGCUGUCAUUCCUGGAGCAGGCCAUCAUUGCCCUCGGGGACCAGAAGCGAGACCACAUCCCUUUCCGGCAGUGCAAGCUCACCCACGCCCUGAAGGACUCGUUAGGGGGAAAUUGCAAUAUGGUCCUGGUGACAAACAUCUAUGGAGAAGCUGCCCAGUUAGAAGAGACGCUUUCUUCACUGCGGUUCGCCAGCAGGAUGAAGCUGGUCACCACUGAGCCUGCCAUCAACGAAAAGUAUGAUGCUGAGCGAAUGGUCAAGAACCUGGAGAAGGAGCUAGCACUGCUCAAGCAGGAGCUAGCCAUCCAUGACAGCCUGGCCAACCGCACCCUUGUGAACUAUGACCCCAUGGAUGAAAUCCAGAUUGCUGAGAUCAACUCCCAGGUGCGGAGAUACCUGGAGGGGACACUGGACGAGAUUGAUAUAAUCAACCUCAGACAGAUCCAGGAAGUGUUCAACCAGUUCCGGGUGGUUCUGAGCCAACAGGAACAGGAACUGGAGUCUGCUUUGCGCAGGAAGUACACUCUCAUAGACAAGAAUGACUUUGCAGCCAUCUCUGCUGUCCAGAAGGCAGGGCUCAUGGACGUUGAUGGCCACCUCGUGGGUGAGCCUGAUGGACAAGGCUUUGGACUUGGAGUUGCCCCUUUCUCUACUAAAUCUGGGAAGAAAUCCAAGUCCAGAAAGACAUUCAAAGAACAGUUCAGCUCCUCAGCAAGAAAGGAAGGUGCCAGCAGCCCUCUGAGUGGCAAGGACUUGGAUGUUUCUACCUCCAAGACCCAGCUGACCCCAUCCUCCAAAGAUGGGGAUGUCAAAGACAUGCUUCUGCGGGACCGGGAGACCUCCAAUAUCGAGCCCUUUGCCGCAGAUUCCCCAAGGGAGGAAUUACGCCCACCCAGGCCCGGCACUCCACCCUGCAAGUCUGUGGCCUUUGAGGACUUUAAGAAUGAGCGGGGUAGUGAGAUCAACCGCAUCUUCAAAGAAAAUAAAUCCAUCUUGAACGAGCGGAGGAAACGGGCCAGUGAGACCACACAGCGCAUCAAUGCCAUCAAACGGGAGAUUGACAUGACCAAGGAGGCACUAAAUUUCCAGAAGUCCCUACGAGAGAAGCAAGGCGAGUAUGAGAAUAAGGGGCUGAUGAUCAUUGAUGAGGAGGAAUUCUUGCUGAUCCUGAAGCUCAAAGACCUCAAGAAGCAGUACCGGACAGAGUAUCAGGACCUCCGUGAUCUCAGGGCUGAGAUCCAGUACUGCCAGCACCUGGUGGAUCAAUGUCGCCAUCGCCUGCUCACAGAAUUUGACAUCUGGUACAACGAGUCCUUCUUCGUCCCCGAGGACCUGCAGGUGGCACUGAAGUCAGGUGGCAGCAUCCGGCCAGGCAUGAUGCCUCUUAGCAGAAUUGUGUCUCUGGGAGAAGAUGACCAGGACAAGUUUGGCCAGCUGCAGCAGACAAUGCUGCCCGAGGGACCAGAUUCUGUCUCCUUCUACAAUGCCAAAGUCAAGACAGAACAGAAGCACAAUUAUUUGAAAACCAUGAUGGGCCUUCAGCAGGCACAUAGAAAAUAGGGACUCAUGGCCAGUGCCUCGAAGGACAAGACCUCCAGCAAUUCCUGCCUGCUCUAGUGGAGCUACCAAAGCACCUGCCCAGACUCCACCCCCUCACUCCAAGGCUGGGGCCCAGCCCAAAGAAAAUAUAAUGAACUGCCUGCCAGGAGGAAUAGCCUUCAAAGGACACCCAUGGCUAUCUUUUGGUUUAAAUUCACUGUCUUAUACGCAGGGACAGGAUAAAAUAACUCUCUAGUCUGGACUUUUAGUGGUUAUCCAAGAACUUUCUUUCCUAUCUGGGAGAUUGUCUUCUGUAUAUAAAGGUGGGAUCCUAACUGAGUCUUCAGUAAGAAAGUGAAAAAGUAGCUCAGCCAGGCUCCCUCUGGCAAGCCUUUGUCCCACCAGUCAGCCUCUUUGCUGUCCCCGAUGGCCUUCCUGGUUCUCUGGCUCCCUCAGAUCUUUGGUUCUCUUGGGAAAUCCUUUCUGUGUUCCCUAGCCAGUUAAGGCAGGUGGCCUUCCUUCCUCAGCAACCAGGAGAGGAGGGGCAUAGGUAAAAAUGACUGAAAGUCAAGAUUUUUAUUUCAAAAUAAGAGGCUUAAAAUGAGGUCAUUCCUACCAUGAAGUUAGCAUUGAGAGCCCCAUGGUGGGAAGCCGUCUGGCAAGGAGAUUGCAGAGCCAGUACCAGAUGGAAGACUGAACUAAUGGCAUCUGUCCAAUCAAAGACCCUGUGGUUCUGUUCUUCAGCUCAUCAAUCAGUGGUCAGAUGUGGGUUUUAUUGAAGAAAGCCAAAAGGCUUUCCUUGAGCUCUCUGCCCUCCCUCUGGCCCAGUCCCUUUCUCUUUCACAGACUGGUAUGUACACAGUAUUCCUGAAAUAGCUCUCAGAGACUCCUACUAUGCCAGGGCUUCCUGGAGUUCAUUCUCCUUGAUGACGCAUGGGGGCUGUCCCUGAUCAGCAUUUAUGGUGUGCAUACAGCCUUGGUCAGUUCUCAUGUUUCCUUUAAUUGUGGUCAAAUAGGCAGACAUAUCCAGGCUCCGCUCACUGUCUCAGCUGUCAGAGGCUUUAGAGUUCUGAUUCUUUCCUGUCAUGGCUGUCCCUGCACUUACCAGGACUUGUUUGGGUUCUGGGGUCCCUGGGGGUGCUCAGGAAAUAAUCAUAGCAAACAGGGGUAUGCUAUUUUGUUGGGGCCACAAGGAGAAACUGUUUGUGGCACUCUCAAUCUCCCUUCCCUUAAUUUUCCAUCACUGGCUAGAGUGGGAUGUGGCAUGCUGGAUGUCCCUCCACAGAUUUCCUGUACAACCAGUCCUGGGGCCUGGAGGUCAGGGCAGGCUGAGCCUCUGUUACGGCAUUUGGUCCUCUUUGUCUCUAGCUCACUCAUCACCACAUAGGCUUCUUUGGUUCAUUUUGACACAAACUGAAACAAGUAAUAAUCAGUGUGGGCAGAGCCACAGGAAUAAACCAGGAUAGUGCUUGGUAGAUCACACUCCACGCAAACUCCUCAUGGGAACAGAUGCUUUCAAUAUGACAGGGAGCUAAGGGGCUUCAUAUCUACACGAAUGGGCCUGUUGUUCUAGAAAACAGUUCCUGCUAAGUUAAUAUGACAAUCAAAAUCAUCCCUAAAGGGACUCCCAAUUCCUUCAGCGUGACAGAAAACCUGAAAAUACUCCUGCUACAAACAGAGAUGCUGGUUAAAGUAUAACAUUCUUUUAAAUGCAAAGCUAGGGAGUUCUCUUGUGAUGCAGUGGGUUAAGAUCUGGCAUUGUCGAAGCAGUGGCUUGGGUCACUGCUGUGGUGCAGUUUGGAUCCCUGGCCCAGGAACUUUCACAUGCUAUAGGAGCAUCCAAAAACAAACAAACAAACAAACAAAAAACAACCCAACAACAACAAAACAAAAAAGUAUAUAAAUGCAAACCUAAAUUUGCAGCAAAGAAAUGAAGAAAUGGAACUGCCAGGAGAGUUGAAAACCAGAGUGGUCAGUGUGUGAACAGGCUGUGGCUGCUGGGGCUGGAAGAAAGUGUGUGAGCAGAUGGUUGCUCUUCAGCAUCAAUGUUGGCAUAAGUAUGAGAAAUAAGACUUUGGUUUGGCCCAUGCCUCAUAGAAAGAUGGAAAUGGGACCCCAUGCAUAAUGGUGGCACAUGAUGCAGUAGUAAGCUAGAAAAAUUUUCCCCACUGACAUGGAUGAAAAACAAGGAAACUUUUCCCACUGAUGAGGGAGAACAGGUCCUGUGAGAAUUUGCAACCAUGCACAAGUUUGGGAUUCAAAUUUACACUUUGUGAUACAGGAAACACCAGGCUGGAGAAUUAGCACAAAAAUUAGCCCAAGGUUGAAACACCUCGUAGAAUCAAAAAUUUUAAAAAUCUAUGCAAUUUCCAAUGUGGCACAGCAGGUAAAGGAUUCGGUGUUGUCUCUGAGACAGUGAGGGUUCAGUCCCUGGCCUGGGGCAAUGUGUUAAGGACCAGGCAUUGCUGCAGCUGUAAUGUAGGCUGCAGUUGUGGCUUGGAUUUGAUCCCUGGCUGGUGAACAUCCAUAUGCCUGUGGUGCAGCCAAAAAUAAAAAAAUAAAAAAAUAAAAAAAUAAAAAAAAUCUAGUGUAUAAGCCCUUUACUUAGCUACACAGCAUUCCCACAAAGCCCUAGUAAACAUGAACUCCAACGAUUACACACACACACACACACACACACGAUGCUUGCAAAUGUGUGCACAUGUUGUUCACCUGAAAACCUAUCAUGGUGGAGGCACAAUGAAAGCAGGAUCAGGCUUAUAAGAACUUUAGAUAACAAAUUACAGGAUAAGGAUUAAACAAUAUAUAUUGUAUAUUUUAAAUAAAGACAAAGUAGGAAUCCAAAAUAUCAUAAAGGCUAAUACACAGGGUCAAAUCGGAAAUGCAGCUGCAGGCCUAUGCUACAGCCACAGUCAUGCUGGACCUGAGCUGCACUUGUGAACUUCACCACAACUUGCAACAAUGUUGGAUCCUUAACCCACUGAGCAAGUCCAGGGAUUGAACCUGCAUCCUCAUGGAGACUAAGUUGGGCUCUUAACCCACUAAGCCACAGUGGGAACUCCAGAGU